AUGGCCGGAUCGCCCAUCCGAACACCACUUCCAAAUCUUCUUUUUCCACAAUCUGGAGAGAAGAAUCCGCUGAUAACAGGAGGUGGCGUUCGCAAUUCGAGUCCCCUUCUUUCUGACAUGGUUACUGGUUCUCCAACCUAUCCACGCUUUCCUGAGGGACCCUUCUGUGCUAAUAACGUGCGAUCGACAUCUCCACAGCCACCUGCAAAGAAACGGUGUCUGGAGUCACAACAGCAGCAAUCCACCCUAGCAGAAGGGGAAGGUCUCGCUGCACCGUCACAACCAGCUCAUGAAUGCAGCAGCGAUUCACCGCACACUAGCGCCAGCAGCUUUUCGCCAAAGGGGGAGCAGCAACCUCAGCCAUCACAAUCAUUGCCACACAUGGUACAGAAUGGUGCAGAAGAGUCGCAUUCCACUAAACCACAUCAACCACAACAGCAACAGCCGCAGGAGUCAGAAUCGCCUAAAGACCUGCUACAUCAUCCACCUCUGCCUCUGUGGGGAGACAUUCUUCCUGAUUCCACAUACUCCCGUAUAUCUAUGUUUCCAAAAAAUUUUCCACCAAUGUUUGUUUCUGGCUGCACCACUGCACUCACUCCAGGCAUCUCUGCCAACACAGCAACUCCCAAUGGUGAUCCAGUGCCUCUUGGUGCUAGUGCGUUGGCAGCAGCCGCUGCUAUGGCGAUGAGUCCUCUGUUCCAACAGCCUCCAGGAGGUAGCUUCGUUCCUGGAAGCACGGCCGCUCCCUGGAAUCCAAUGCUGGCAGCAGCUGCAGCGGCAUUCGCCUCUGGACGAUUUCCUCCACCUGGUUUACCUUCAAGACUUCAAGGAGAUACCGAAGGACCUGAGGAGAAAGAUGGAGGUUCUUCCUCUAGGUCAGGGAGUCCAAUGCCUCUUUCUGGUGCUGGCUCUUCUGUCGAAGGAGUGGAAGUAAUGCCAGAUGCAAGUCAAACCGGACACCAUUGGACAUUCCAAGAGCAGUUUAAACAGGUCCAGCAUCUUAAAGUCCUUGCUACGCAAAUAUCAACCAUGCCGUCAUCAAAUCAGUCUCGCAUAUCCAUUCCUGAUGUAGUGUUAGUUGAACUGUACGAAUUAUCCUCAGACCCAAAACGAAAGGAGUUUCUGGACGAUCUAUUCAAUUUCAUGCAAAAAAGAGGCUCACCCGUAAACCGAAUCCCAAUAAUGGCAAAGCAAGUGCUGGAUUUGUAUGAGUUGUAUAGACUUGUGGUGACCAGAGGCGGUCUAGUUGAGGUGAUUAACAAGAAGCUGUGGCGUGAAAUAACAAAGGGCCUUCAACUACCCUCCUCCAUCACAAGUGCUGCAUUCACGCUGAGAACACAGUACAUGAAAUACCUCUAUCCCUAUGAGUGUGAAAAACUGGCUCUCAGCACACCCAGUGAACUGCAGGCCGCAAUUGAUGGAAACCGACGUGAGGCGAGGCGUUCUUCCUACAGCUUUGAGUAUCCCAUGCUCAUGGGUCCCAGCUCAAGCACUGGUGCACCGUCGGGCGCCACAGGACAGCCACUGUCAAAUGCGCCACUUGGACCGACAUUCUCCCAUCCACCUCCUCCUCAUCAUCCCCUCCUUGCACCCCCACCCCCACCACCACCACCGCCGUCCGUUUCUGCCUCCUGCGGACCGUCACUUUUGCCUCCAGGCCUGCUUCUGCCUCCAGGAUUUCCAACUUCCAAUUCCAGUAGAAAUGGAAGUAUAUUCCCAGAUGCACCCUUCUUUGGUUUCCCCAGUCUGGUGGUGCCGACAUCAACAGCUGUUGUUCCUCCACCAUCCCCCACUCCUCCAUCUGCAUUCGAUGCUAAGUCCUAUUUUGACGAUGACCAAUUACUAAAACAGAAAAGAGCAAAGUGCCCUCAGCGUUGCCUAUCUUCGUCUUCAACUACCAUGGUGACAGUAGCUGCAAGUCCCAAGCCGCGGCCCAACUCAAAGCCUAAUUACUCAUCGCCCGCAACUUUAGAAUCUGACCCAAAGGGUGAAGCCAACCGGCAAUUAAAGCCCAUGAAGUUCUCUACGCUUUCUAAGUGUGCAUCAGCCUUCGAUUUGGACCAACGUCACUCGCCACGAGGAACUCCAUCACCACGUCCUCCAGUCAAUGCCGAAGCCUCCGAUGAAGGUCAGCAAAGUUCUGCAACACGAUUUUCUGAGUUUCUGAAACAACGUCUACCAUCUAAUGAUGUAGAAACUUCGUCUAAUUGCAACUUCACGAAAGGUGAUCUAAUGCAGCCGCUCUCCUUAACUAUCCCUAUGCAGAACGCCUACCAGCAGUUCAUGAGCAAUACCAUUCAGAAGUUGGGAGUCAGUGAGAAGAAGGAUUCCAUGAACGGUUGCGCAGAAGAUCGUCGACAGGCAAAAUCGACAGCCGCACUCCGAGAAAAUGGUGAUUUUUCGACAUCCAACUUACAACUGGCACCAAAUUUAAGGAUUAGCACUCAAGCCGGUAAUCAACUUGGGCUGCCGGAAAACACACUUGUCGUGUGUAUGGAGGUCACUGGCGUAGUCUAUCAGGGCGUACUCUUUGGCCGAAUCAAACCGCCCUCGUGA